CUGCUAGCCUGGUGCUCCGACUUGUCCUUCUCGGCCAAUUCCUCUCUCCGAUUCAUCAACCAAAAAUAGAUCGUCGUCUUUUCGGUUUCCGCAGCAAGCUGGUCGUCUUCAUCGGACAGCGGAAGAUCUUCUUCGAAUGAACUGACCAGUUCAAUCACAGUUUUGUUCACUGUAGAGAGAGAGAGAGAGAGAGAUGGCCGUGCAGUGGGUUCUGGUGUUGCACGGGCUAGCGACGCUCGUGGUGGUCGUCUCGUUCCUGUGCGGCCAGUGGCCCAUCUUCCGCCGCACUCCCAUCGCCUCCAUCCACCACUUCCUCACCGUCGGUGCCUACGACUACUUCCUGAGGUGUGUCGGUGUUCUGUUUGGAAUUAGAGGCACGAAUGCGAUUCUGGAGGUGGAGCGCUUUUGCUGCGAUCGCCCCAACCCUAUUUUGCAGAUAAUAUACUUGGCAAUAGUUGGAGGAACUUACUUCAUUGUGGCAAAAUCGUGCUUCAGCUAUAUUCCUGGAUAUUAUAUAAGUGGAAUCCACAGGUAUACAAGCUCGUUGGCAGUUGGCAUCGGUCUCCUUCUCUUUCUAUUGACUAGUUUUGCUGAUCCAGGGACUGUAAAGGAUGAUAACGUCUCUCAAUUUCUUGCUGCUUAUCCCUAUGAUGAUAUUAUUUACUCUGGGAAAGAGUGUCCAACUUGCAAAAUUCCAAAACCUGCCAGGUCCAAGCAUUGCAGCAUUUGUGAUCGCUGUGUUGCGAGAUUUGACCAUCAUUGUGGGUGGAUGAAUAAUUGUAUAGGGGAGAGAAAUACUCGAUACUUCAUGGCUUUUCUUUUAUGGCAUUUUCUAGUGUGUAUAUAUGGGGUUAUUGCCAUUGGAUUGGUUCUUGCUGGACAGCUGAAGGAAUCGAGAGUGAUCUAUGUACUAACUGUGUAUUAUCGCAUAGAAAAUUCUUUCCUCAGUUUAGCUCCACAUGUGCUUCAGUGGUUUGUUGGGUCCUAUGAUACUCAAAUACUGCUUAUGGUGUUCCUUGCAAUAGUUGCACUGCUACUGGCAGGCUUCUUUGGCUACCACGCGAGCCUCUGCUUCACAAACACUACCACUAAUGAGACUUUCAAGUGGCAAGAGUACAUAAGUUGGCAGAGGAAGCUGAAUGAAGCAAGAGCGAGCACCGCGGCACUCCGAGCCAGUGUUAAUGGAUUGAGCAGUGACGCUUCUCCUCGCGAAAGCAAAUGGAGGGCUUUCUUCAGAAGAUCACCCUUGGAAGAUGCUGAGCCGGUUGUUAAGGAGAACAAGUAUGAUAAAGGACUCAUUAAAAACAUCUAUGAGAUCAUUGUUCCUUUAUCAUCGAGAUCGUCAUUUUCACGGAAGAAAUCUAAAGUCCGUCGAGAAUGAUGUCAAUUGUCCUUUCCAUUGGUAAUCUCACUGAUAUGAAUUGUAAUUCGUAACUCAUUUUCUCGUCAAAUGAAUUUACUUUUCGUCAGUGAACUGUAGAAUUGAUGUAGUAGUAUGGUCGUGCAAAUCAGAAAGGUAUCGAUUGAAGAAGAA